GGGAUAGGAAACGGUAAAACUUUAUAGCGUCCCUUCCAAUUCCGAUAAUUAUUCGGUUGAGGCCGGAGAAUCCCCAACAAGCUCAACCAUAGCAUUUAUUCAUUAUUCAUAAGCUCCGAAUCGAGAUCCCGUUUUAACGAGAGGGAAGAAAAAAAAGAAAAAGGCUCAAUUGAGCUUCACCUUUUCUUCUUAAGAAGCCGACAAUGGCAUCUUUUGCGACAGCAACCCGCCUAACAACACGGCUUAUAAGCCGACGGGUCGCCCAAGAUGCCGCAAGUCGAGGCUUUCGCACGUCCGCUGCCUCGCUCGCCGCACAAAACUUCACCAUGCCGGCCCUGUCGCCCACUAUGACGGAAGGCAACAUCGCAAACUGGAAGCUCAAGGAGGGCGAUUCCUUUUCCGCGGGCGAUGUCUUGCUCGAGAUCGAAACAGACAAGGCGACCAUGGAUGUUGAGGCGCAAGACGACGGGAUCCUCGUAAAAAUCACUCAGGGUGAUGGCAGUAAGAACAUUCAGGUUGGCACCCGAAUCGGUGUUGUUGCAGAAUCCGGCGACGACAUCAAAUCACUGGAGAUUCCUACCGACGAACAGCCUGCGCAGAAGGAAGCCAAGAAAGAGGAACCGGAGCGCAAACAAGAGUCUCGGAGCGCUGCUUCAGAGAAACAAGCUAGCGGACCGAAGAGGACUGGCGAGAAGGCACCGCCCCAGAAAUACCCUCUUUACCCAUCAGUCGAGCACCUAGUAAAGGAGCACAAGCUGGACGAGUCUGCUAUUAGCGAGAUAACGCCAACGGGCCCUGCUGGACGCCUUCUCAAGGGUGACGUCCUCGCAUAUCUCGGUAGCGCACCUUCUAGUAGACCUGGAGAGAUUAAAGCACGAUUUGACCACAACUCACACCUUGAUCUCUCCAACAUCAAGAUCGCUGCUCCUAAGGAGGCCCCGAAGAAGGCUGAGAAGAUUGCAUCAGAGAUCCCUGUUCCCAAGGUCUCAAUAGUAACGUUGCCGAUAUCGCUUGCGACAGUGAUAGAGGUUCAGAAGAAAAUCGAGGAUACUAUCGGCACUUUCAUACCGUUAUCGACAUUCGUGGCGAGGGCUACGGAAGUAGCCAAUGAUGAGCUGCCUUUGCCAUCGAACUAUAAGCCAACCGCCGAUGAAUUGUUUAAUCAGGUGUUGGGUCUGGACAAGGCUAGCUCGAAGGGUUCUCGCGGUCAUUAUAUUCCUCAAAUUUCCGCUCUUCCUUCGCCGUCCUUCACCGGCGUUGCACCCAAGCCCAAAAAGCAAGUUGACAUUAUCGACUUCCUAGCAGGCUCAGCGAAGGCGUCUGCGCCAAAGCCACGAAAGACUAGCUCACAAGCCGGAAUAUCCACCGGCACCAAUAUAUUCGGUCUCUCUGUUCCGGAGGCUGAGGAGAAGAGAGCCAAGGAAUUCCUGCAAAGAGUUAAGACGGUGCUGGAAGUAGAGCCAGGCAGACUUGUUUUAUGAAUAGAAAAGCUGAGAGCAAGAGACACUGUAACUAUAAAGCCUGUAAUGUUGACACGGAAGUACUGAUAGACUAUAUUAUGACUAUAUUAUUAGCAUUUGCUUGUUCAUUGUGCCUUUAGCAACGCCUAACUGAUAAGUAUUACGAAUCUCCUAAGA